AUGACAAACUGUCGUGAUGACAGGCAAGAAAUACUUACAGAUAAUUCUUGUCAAGGAAUAUUUGCUGACAUUGACAAUCAUAUCGAGUGGAAAAACUCGGCUACUCGCUUGCAAUUUUUAGUUCAUGAAACCAUUGAGGUACUAGAUUUGUUCUUUCGUGAUAAACCAUGUCAGACAGAACUCGAUCAAUUUGCUGUCCAUGUUCCGGUAAGCGAGGCUAAUCAUUCUACAGACGACAUUCGCUGUGGGGAACUCAAUGAUUAUGGUGUGUCAAACAUGCUUGAAAUUAGAUUACCAGAAUUUGUUGUUGAAAAAGAGGAAGAUUCUCAAAACGGGAGGAUAUAUGUUGAUCAAGGAUCUUUUAGACAAAAUGUAACGAAUUUUGUUGGUCAUGGGCUAGUGUAUGAGACGGGAAUGGUUAAGGUACCAAGACAGUUCGUCUCUUUACGUUUAGGCAAGCAUGAGAUACAUGAUUUAGGCACUGACAAAAAUGAUGAGAAGGUUGAUGAAAUGAAGUCAUCAGCUGUCAAUAGUGCCACGAUUUUUAGUAGUAAUUCAUCAAAUCAGGAUUGUGAAAUCUGUGUUGACUUAAAUAAUUCCGUCAUCCGACGCCUGCACGACAUAUUGAACAGUGAUGGCAGCUCCAUUAUUGAAGCGGUCACUCAUAUGCAGACGGCGCUGAAAGUAUAG